CGAUUUCAAAGUCAAUAUUUGCGACAAGAUCGUGAUAAGUGUUUACAAUAUUCACGAUCAGUUUGCGAUGAAGGAUUCUUCUCUGUCCAGGAUUGUAGGAAUUUUUUACCUCGGCGUGUAUUGGAACGUAGAGUUAUGUAGGGUAACACAGGAAGACAAAAAUAGCUUUUCGAACAGUUUCAAGCAACCACAGACAGAUCGAGACACCUGCGCCCUGACAACGGUCUGGAAAGUGAUAACAGCUCGUAAAUUAUUUACGAUGUUUUUUACUUCAGCAGAUCACGUAGGUAACCUACACCAAGGCUGUAAUUACGUUUGCUACUACAGAGCCCUAAACCUUUCCUCCUGAUGCAAAUCCCCGGAAACGUUUUUGUGAAUUUGAGAAACAGCAAUGGUUGAAGCAGAGAGGACCCUCAUUGCGGCCAAAGACGGAGACCUUCAGACUCUAAGAUCACUUCGUCGUUCAGCCCCCUUCGCGGCCGAUGGCUUUGGAGCGACAGCGCUUCAUUACGCCGCUAGAACGGGAAGGAUAGACUGCGUGAAGUGGUUGGUAGAAACCGUGGGAAUUUCUCCCAAAGUGUACGGAAAGAGCGGGGCAACCCCUCUGCACGACGCGGCGGCUCAGGGGCGGCUCGAGUGCGUGAAAUAUUUUCUCGGGAACGGCUCAGUUGAUGGCGACACAAGAGACGGUUCAGGACAUACUGCACUGCAUUUAGCGGCGAGAUUCGGUAGGUUUGACACUGUUAAGUGGUUGAUUGAAAGAGGAAACAGUAAUCCCAGGGCCAAGUCUAAGAAUCAUAUGACUCCAGUGCAUUUUGCUGCCUCUGGAGGGCAUCUGACGUGCUUAGAGCUGUUGGUUUUUAAAGCUGGGUACAGGUUAGUGUGGUGAAAAACAACAUUUUAUUCUGCAUGUAAAUCUUAGCUUG